GUAGUGGUCCACUCUGACAGACUGUGACAAGACCACCGCAGGAUCAGAUCAGACAGACGGUUGCGGUCCCUUCAUUGUCCGUAUCAUGAGGCUGCUGUUGUUCCUAGGCUUGGUAGCCGUUGUCUCCUGCGCGAGCAAUGGGCCGAAAGUCACUGAUAAGGUAUGGUUUAAUAUCAAGAUCGGCAAUGAGGAUGCAGGCAGAAUAGAAAUUGGUCUAUUCGGUAAAACCGUUCCGAAAACGGUCAAGAAUUUUGUGGAGCUUGCCAAGCUGCCAGAAGGUGAAGGGUACAAAGGCAGCAAAUUCCACAGAGUGAUCAAAGACUUCAUGAUCCAAGGAGGAGAUUUCACAAAGGGAGAUGGCACUGGAGGUCGUAGCAUUUAUGGAGAUCGCUUUGCGGAUGAAAACUUUAAGUUGAAGCACUAUGGUGCCGGAUGGUUGUCCAUGGCCAACGCUGGCAAAGAUACCAAUGGGUCUCAAUUCUUUAUCACUGUUAAGCAAACUCCUUGGCUCGAUGGUAGACAUGUCGUCUUUGGCAAGAUUAUCAAAGGAAUGAAUAUAGUACGCAAGAUUGAGCAAACGAGCACCGACUCACGAGAUAAGCCACAAAAGGACGUGGUUAUCACCGAUUGUGGCGCGGAGACUAUAACAGACCCAUUUAGUGUAUCUAAGGAUGACGCUACCGAGUAAAUCUCAGCAUUCGCCAACAGCCUCAUUAUUGUUUAUUUCUUAUACCAAACGAUCUCUUGGGAACUGCAUGGUUUUUGACAGCCUUGUUGGUUUUUCUAAACGGAUGAAUGACACUAAUGAUAAUCUCUAUGUUAUGGUAACUGUUUAACGACAUUCUAGAAGAAAGACUCAGCAGCGACAUCAACAAAACAGCGUUUUGUAUAAGGUCAUAAAGUGUUAAAGUAACUAUUAAAAAGUAAUAGAAUGAUUGUUUCUACUUUAAUUGUUAAAAACAAUGUAUAACUCGCAUUGCACGAUACCUACAUUUUGUACGCAAGAUUUUCUACAUU